AUGUCCAAUACCGACUUCCUCGGCCGCGCCAUCGACGUGGUCAAAAAAGCCAUCGAGCAAGACACCGCGGGGGAGUACGAGAAAGCCUACCAACUCUACUAUCAAUCCCUCGAGCUGUUCAUGCUGGCGCUAAAAUGGGAGAAGAACGCCAAGAGCAAGGAGAUGAUCCGCCAAAAAGCCGGCGAGUACAUGGAGCGCGCGGAGAAGCUGAAGAACCACCUGGCCGACAACGAUAAGAGCAGCAAGCGGAAACCGGCGGCUAUGGGGUCAAAUGGGAAGAGUAGCGGGGGCGCGGGCAAGGAGGAUGAGGAUGAGGAUCCGGAGAAUAAGAAGUUGAGGGGUGCAUUGGCCGGGGCCAUUCUGACCGACAAGCCGAAUAUCAAGUGGGAGGAUGUGGCUGGGUUGGAGGGAGCGAAGGAGGCGCUCAAGGAAGCAGUCAUUCUGCCCACAAAGUUCCCGCAUUUGUUUACGGGCAAGCGACAGCCGUGGAAGGGCAUUCUACUGUACGGACCUCCGGGGACAGGAAAGUCGUACUUGGCCAAGGCCGUCGCAACGGAAGCAAACAGCACGUUCUUCUCCGUCAGCUCGUCCGAUCUGGUCAGCAAGUGGAUGGGAGAGUCGGAAAGACUGGUCAAGCAGCUCUUCACCCUCGCCCGCGAAAACAAACCCAGCAUCAUCUUCAUCGACGAAAUCGACGCCCUCUGUGGUCCUCGUGGUGAAGGCGAAUCCGAAGCCUCCCGCCGCAUCAAAACCGAGCUGCUAGUGCAGAUGGACGGUGUGGGCAAGGACUCACGCGGCGUACUCAUCCUCGGCGCCACCAACAUCCCCUGGCAGCUCGACAUGGCCAUUCGCCGUCGUUUCCAGCGAAGAGUGCACAUCAGUUUGCCCGACAUGCCGGCGCGCAUGAAGAUGUUUGAACUCAGCGUGGGCAGCACGCCGUGUGAGCUGAAAGCGGAGGAUUAUCGGACGCUGGCGAAGCUGAGCGAGGGGUAUUCUGGGAGUGAUAUCAGUAUUGCAGUGCAGGAUGCGUUGAUGCAGCCGGUGCGGAAGAUCCAGACGGCGACGCAUUACAAGAAGGUCACCGUCGACGGAGUAGAAAAGCUAACACCCUGCUCCCCCGGCGACGACGGCGCGCUCGAAAUGAACUGGACGGAGAUCGAGACAGACCAACUACUCGAGCCGCCGCUGCUCGUCAAAGACUUUGUCAAGGCAAUCAAGGCUUCGCGGCCGACGGUCAGUCAGUCGGACUUGGUGCGGAAUACGGAAUGGACGGCGGAGUUUGGAUCCGAGGGUGCGUGA